AUGCGUGCAGGUUCUGCUUCUCCUGUGCGCCGUAGGAAUGCAGAUCACCGGUAUAGUCCUGAUUUUGAUCAUUCAGGUGUACCACCACGUGGUCGUGGAUUUGGCAGUGGGAGGGAUCCUGGUAGAUAUCGAGACUAUUCACCCCCUUAUGGCCGUGGGAGGGAUGGUGGCAGGUUUAUGGGAAGAGGCUUUGAUGGGCCUGCAUUUGGUCCUGGGCCGUUUCGAGGUGAAGGGGUGCCUAGAAAUAAUCCUAAUGUCCGACCAAGAGACGGAGAUUGGAUAUGCCCAGAUCCCUCAUGUAACAACUUGAACUUUGCAAGGCGAGAGUACUGUAAUAACUGCAAGAGAUCUCGAUAUGUGGCUGGUGGUAAUCCUAGGAGGGGCCAUCCCGGUCCACCACCUCCUCCCCCUCGACGCUUUCCUGGUCCUCCAGUGGAUCGUUCACCGGGAAGAAUAAUGAAUGGCUACAGAUCCCCUCCUCGUGGUUGGGCUAGAGACAGUCCUAGGGAGUUUGGGGCUGGUGGUGGACCUGGUGGUCCACAUCCCAGGCAUGAAGGCAGGUUUUCUGAUAUUCCAAUGCGCAGAGAGCGGCCAGAUUAUCCUGAAGAUGAUUAUAGGGAGAGGAACAGGCUUGAUAGACCCGUGCCUUUGGACUGGGGCCACAGAGAUCGUGGAAGGGAGAACUUCUUAAAUGAGAGGAAAGGAGGGUAUGACAGGCGACCACCAUCUCCACCGCCAGCACCACUACCUCCUCGUGGCCGGUGGCCUCGUGAUAUUAGAGAGAGAAGCCGAUCUCCAAUUCGAGGUGGACUGCCACCUAAAGAUUAUCGCGGUGAUAUGUAUUUGGAUCGGGGGCGAGAUGAUCGCCAUGGUAUGGGGCGUGGCCGGAUUGGUGGUGCAUAUUAG